AUGAGCUAUGACGGUAUAGAUCCGACAAAAAAGCCUCGGCUACCCAAACUAUUUUGCAACCCAACGGCAGCUAAAAACCUACGUGAAAUGAACAGAAUUAUCGCUGCUGAUAUUAGCGACCAAACAGAUUUUAAGGACCUACACGCCAUGAUCUAUGCUGGGGCGUUCGCGGUUCUAAAGCUAAACGGUCAGAGACCUACAGAUGUUACAAGUCGGAACGGAACUAAAAGGCAGCCAGCUUGGGAAAGGAGGCUAAGCAAGAACAUAGAUAAUAUCAGGAGCGAUAUAGCUAUCCUAACGCAGUACCAAAAACCGACAUACAGCCAAAGAGUGAAAAAGAAAGGGGACACAAUAAUGCGACGAUAUACAUCUGAAGAAAACCCAACCAUAGUCGAAGUUUUGGACCUUCUAAAGCAGAGACUAUUAGCCUUAUCUCAAAGAGUGAAGAGAUAUAAGAAGAGCAGCCAACGUCGUAAACAAAACAUCCUAUUUCAUAGAAAUCAGAGAGCAUUUUAUAAAUCUGUGGGCAAAGAAUCAGAUCGUACACUACAAGGAAAAACAUCAUUUCCUAACACAGAAGACAUAAGACACUUCUGGAGCGAGUCUAUUAUUAGUCAUAUGAACAGAGGUAAAAAACGAAAGCUAAAAAUUGACACCUGGAAGCAGACUGUAAGAAAACAUCAGAGGGAUGCAGGAGAAGCAUACAUUUCAUCGAGAAACGUACCUAAGGCUGCGUUAAGCCAGCCAGAAGAGGAACGUGUCUGCAAAUGUCCUCAAACCCCCAGAGGAUGUAACGCCGAUUUGCUCGUUGGAAGACAUGUGAGUCUGUUCCAGAAAUUUAGGAAGCUUCAUUAUGAUGGUCAGUCGCAAUAUCUGUCGCAAAUCAUAUCCCUCCAAGAACCAAAACGUAGGAGAGUUGAGGAAAAUAUAUCUCGUAGACAUUGCACUGUAAAGUACAGUAUUAAUGGCACUCAAGUAUGUAGAGGAACAGUUUGUAUAUAUUCUCAAUUACGCCUAGAAGAUUACAGUGGCUUAUUGGUAAACUUAAAGCGAAACAUGAAUAACCUUCAAGAUCAACGUGGAAAGCAUCUCAAUAGUCCUAAAAAGUUGAAAAACAUGGACGUAGGUCUCAUUUCCGAUCACAUCCGAUCGUUUCCCCUACAGGAAAAUUAUUACAGCAGAAAUACUUCAGCCAAACAAUGCCUUCCAGCUGAUCUAAAUAUCUCAAAAAUGUUCAGACUUUUUAAGGAGAAAUACCCCGAUGCAAAUAAUAUUUCCUUUAGGGUUUAUCACGACAUUUUCAAGAGCAAGUUCAAUCUGCGAUUUGGUCUACCAAGAUCUGACACAUGUUCGUAUUGUGACAAGCUGUUUAUGGAACUUUGUUCAACUGAUGACGCUAAUGAAAAAAAAAAAUAG